CGCGGGCGGAAGGUCGUCCCUGUGACCGGCUUGGCGGUUGAAGCUGCUGUCGCCAUGUUGUCGGUCGCCGCCCGCUCCGGCCCGUUCGCGCCGGUCCUGUCGGCCACGUCCCGCGGGGUGGCGGGCGCGCUGCGGCCCCUGGUGCAGGCCGCGGUGCCCGCCACCCCGGAACCGCCUGUGCUGGACGUGAAGCGACCCUUCCUGUGCCGGGAGUCGCUGAGUGGCCAGGCCGUGGGCCGGCCUUUGGUCGUCUCCGUGGGCCUCAAUGUCCCUGCUUCUGUUCGUUAUUCCCAUACAGAUGUCAAAGUGCCUGACUUCUCUGACUAUCGACGCAAUGAAGUUUUAGAUAGUACAAAGUCUUCAAGAGACAGCAGUGAAGCUAGAAAAGGUUUCUCGUAUUUGGUAACAGCAACAGCUACUGUGGGAGUCGCGUAUGCUGCCAAGAAUGUUGUCUCCCAGUUUGUUUCCAGCAUGAGUGCUUCAGCUGAUGUGUUGGCCAUGUCGAAAAUUGAAAUCAAGUUAUCUGAUAUUCCAGAAGGCAAGAAUAUGGCUUUCAAAUGGAGAGGCAAACCCCUGUUUGUGCGCCAUAGAACCCAGAAGGAAAUUGACCAGGAAGCUGCGGUUGAAGUGUCCCAGUUAAGGGACCCACAGCAUGAUUUAGACCGAGUAAAGAAGCCUGAAUGGGUUAUCCUGAUAGGUGUUUGCACGCAUCUUGGUUGUGUGCCCAUUGCAAAUGCAGGAGAUUUUGGUGGCUACUACUGCCCUUGCCAUGGGUCACACUACGAUGCGUCUGGCAGAAUCAGGAAGGGGCCUGCACCCCUCAACCUUGAAGUCCCCUCGUAUGAGUUCACCAGUGAUGAUUUAGUGGUUGUCGGUUAGAGACUUGGACUGAAGUUGCAGGCUUCUUUCAGUCUUCAUGUCACCUGCGAAGAAUUAUUUGAGAGCAAGUCUUCGGUACCUCAAGUUGGUUGAUUUGAAAUAUUAAAGAAUUGUUAAUGAUGUAUUUGCAAACAUUCAUGUGAAGUAAAUUGAAUUUAAUGUGAAUUCUUUCAAGCAUUCACUUAUUAAUAAAGCCACUGUUAAAUAUUGUUAAGCUCAGUCGUGGACUGGAAAGGUGCACUGCUUUGAUAGCUAAUUCUAAUUAAAAAUUACAGGCUGGUGUACAAGA